CAGGAGGGUGUGUGUGUCUUUAAGGCGCCCGUGUGUCUGUGUUUGUAAGUAACUCUCAGCAGCAGCAGUAGUUCAGUCUAGUCUAGUCCGGUCUUCUUGAGCUCGGAUCUGAUCAUGUCUUAAACGAUCUGCAGCGGAUCGUGUUCACAGCUCUCUCACAGUCUGGCGGUCGGGUGAACUCGGUUCGGGUCGUAAUGCAGCCUUCAUCAUCAGUGUUUCUUCUUUUUCUGUCAAGUUUUUCUCUCGCUUUGGCUUGUAAUAAAGCUCUGUGCGCCAGUGACGUCAGCAAGUGUCUCAUUCAGGAGCUGUGUCAGUGCCGGCCGUCGGAUGGGAACUGCUCGUGCUGUAAGGAGUGUCUGAUGUGUUUGGGUUCUCUGUGGGAGGAGUGCUGCGACUGUGUGGGCAUGUGUAACCCGAAGAACCUGAGCGACACGCCGGCGACGGCCAAGAGCACAGUGGAGGAGCUGCAGCGGCCGAUCCCCUCGCUCUUCAGAGCGCUGACCGACGGAGACGCACCCAUCAACAUGAUGGUGGUGUCCUUCCCUGUGGCUGAAGAGCUGUCCUAUCACCAGAACCUGGUGUCCUUCCUGGAGACGCUGGAGGACACGCAUCACAACGUCUCUCUGCCCGGGAACAGCAUCCACGCCAGCUACGACACGCAAGAUAAGCUGUGUACGGUGGUGUACUUCGACGACUGCGUGUCGAUCCGUCAGUGUAAGCAGUACUGUGAGUCGAUGGGUGGAUCGAAGUACCGCUGGUUCCACAACGCCUGCUGCGAGUGCAUCGGACCCGAGUGCCUCGACUACGGCAGCAAAGCCGUCAAGUGCAUGAACUGUUUGUUCUGACCUCACGCCACGUCCAUCACCGCUGCUCUAGAGCUCCGGUCAAGCCUCACGGAGCGUGUAUAUAUGCUGUUUUUAUUCUUGUAGCCAAACACAUUGAGAUCUUGAUAGAGUAGACGCACAUCUGAGAAUGCAUGUUGUUCAUAUUCAGCUUUUAUUAUGAGUCCAGGUCUUUAUCAAGACCGGCUGAGUUCAUGUAGAGUUAAAUCAUUAGUUUGUCUUCAGUAAAAUUUAUGUAAAUAAAGAAUAAAAUCUGUUCAGUGAA